CACAAACAAACCAGCUCCUGUUAUUGUUGCACUGUGCUAAUGACAUUCAAUGAGUUUAACUUUUCGAAACUCCACACGACGCUUGACCGUCCCCAUUGUAAUCAACCAUGUUCCCACCUUUGUUUUAAAAAUAGCUAAGACAAGGACGCUAUGCGACUUCAAUGAAACUCAUUCGGGUGGCACUAUGAUUAAUAAUUUAAAAACAAUUUUUUGUCUAUAGUGAAUUGCCAACAUGAAUUUCUCAGAGGUCUUCAAGCAAUCCAAUCAACUAUGUAAAGUUUCUCCAGAUGGAAAACAUUUGGCUACCUGCGUGCAGUAUAAGUUGGUUGUACGAGAUGUGAGCACGCUGCAGAUCCUGCACCUGUAUACAUGUCUGGACCAGAUAUCUCAAAUGGAAUGGUCGUCUGAUUCUCAGUUCAUUUUGUGUGCAAUGUACAAGAGAGGACUGGUACAGGUGUGGUCACUAGAGCAACCUGACUGGCACUGUAAAAUCGAUGAGGGCUCAAUCGGACUGGUUGCUUCCCGCUGGAGCCCAGACGGACGUCAUAUUCUCAACACCACUGAGUUCCAUCUGAGAAUCACUGUGUGGUCCCUGUGCACCAAAGCUGUGUCUUAUAUCAAGAAUCCCAAAGCUUGUCUCAAGGGUAUUGAUUUCAGCAGAGAUGGCUGCUAUAUGGCUUUGGCUGAACGGCGUGACUGCAAAGACUACGUUUGCCUUUUCGUAUGUGAUGACUGGCACUUGCUCAGGCAUUUUGAAACUGAGACGCAGGACCUCGCGGGGUUAGAGUGGUCUCCCAAUGGUUGUGUCCUGGCUGUGUGGGACAGCUGUCUGGAGUACAAGGUGUUGCUGUAUUCUCUGGAUGGCCGGUUGCUGUCAACCUACAGUGCCUAUGAGUGGUCGCUGGGUGUCAAGUGUGUGACCUGGAGCCCCAGCAGUCAAUUCCUGGCAAUUGGCAGCUAUGAUGAAAACGUACGCAUCCUUAAUCACAUCACAUGGAAGAAGAUUGCACAGUUUGAACAUCCAGCAACCAUCAACAACACCAACAUUGCUGUGUACAAGGAAGUGGAGAAGAAGUCAGCUGUUGGCAUUGGGACUGAAGAACUGUCUCUACACAACUUAACAAUGGACUCGACUCUCUUAACCAGUCAGAGCAAAUAUGAGAUCCACGCUCCUCCAGUUCAAGUGCCUGUGGUCAGACCAGAUCCAGACAGAGCAAACCCCAAGAUUGGUGUCUCUAUAUUGGCCUUCAGCUCAGACAGUCGCUACUUAGCCACCAAAAACGAUAACAUGGGUAGUGUCAUCUGGGUGUGGGACAUGCAGAAGAUGAGCCUUGAGGCUGUGCUCGAGCAGACGUCAGCCGUGCGCUGCUUCCAAUGGGAUCCAAGACGCUCACGACUGGCGAUAUGCACUGGCAACACCAAAGUUUAUCUGUGGACCCCAGCAGGUUGCGUCUCUGUUCAAGUCCCCAAUGAUGGUGCUUUCCAGGUUCAGUCGUUAACUUGGCAUUGCCAUGGAGAUCCUCUCAUUCUGCUUGGGAAGGACCAGCUGUGUUUGUGCUAUACUAGCACUGAGGACAAGUGAUGCGAGCUGGCACACAAAAACUGGAAUAGGCUUCCAAUGUACUUUUACUACUUGACCUGGUGGGAAAGCUCAGUGAGGAGAAAGAUGCAUUCUCAACUCGACCAGUGCAAUGUACCGAAGUCUGUAAUGCUGACCAUUUCUGAAAACAUGACAUUCCUCAUUUGUGUAAAAAUUACUAAGAUGAACAAAUACACACCAGAGCACUAGUUCUGAACACUGUGAAGGUAUUUGCUCAGGCUCUGAGCAUUCACUCGCCUUGUAUUUCUGUGCGUAUGUACUUUUACAUGACAUUUUGUACUCUAUUUGAAUAAAAUUUGACCAAAGUAUUUUUCAUUACUGAGAGGUGAAUUGUGUUUUGGGAUAUCCACAAUCGAAUAUGUACAACAGGUGUAAAUGAAACAUUCACAUUUUUGGUGAACAGGUGUAAAUGAAACAUUCACAUUUUUGGUGAACCAAAGAAGCUAAACAUCCGUCACCUGCAUAUCAUUGCGUAUAAAUGUGCAUGUGUAAUCAAAGGGAAGAUUUAUCUACUGUAUGUCCAAAAUUUCAUCUAAACAAUAUACUGUAGAUUGCUCAAAAUUAAGGGACCACAGCGCUAUAGUAUUACAUUAUUUCAGUGUUUAGAUAAUGUCCCUUUCCUAUGUAUGUUAACUUGUCAAAAAAGUGGAAUACUGAUGUCUGUGUUUUUGAGCAGUAUAUCUUGAGCUCCUUCACAAGAGAUUAAG